AUGACUGCCCCUCUAGCAAAAGGUAUCGUGAUCACCGUCACUAUCAUCGUUGCAGCUGGGAUUGCCGCCUAUGAGAGCCCAGAGGUCAAGAGAUGGCUCGAUACUUCUCGCCGCAAGAUAGCCCUUGCUUUACAUAGCCUUGGAGACGGGAUCAGUCCAGAGCAGAGGCGUACAGCUCAGAGAGAUGAUAUAUCCAUGACCGAAGCUACCGGGCUAGAAGCCGAGGAGAGACGACGGAAGGCAAGGGAAGACAUCAUGAGACGUCAUGCUCUGCUCACAGCAAAACGGCGCACCAGCUCAGAGGGUAGUAUGAGCAGUUUCGAUAAACUCGUGGACAGCGAAGGACGAUUGAAAGAAACAAAAGAGUCUGACCAGGACUUGCAUCCCCCAAUCUCCGAGGCCUCCGGCGUCGAGAUGCCCGACAUAUCGCGGGUAAUGCCUGUUAACGUGAAACAAGGCGAUUCAAGCACUGCUUCACAUUCGCUGUCAGUGGUCAUCCCGGACAUUAAUCCAGACCAACGCCACGCACUCAUCGAGAGCCUACAGAUGGGGCCCUCACGUUCCUCCACUAUGGGCUCAGAUACAUCCUCCAACCACCCUUCCGAAUCAUUAGUGAAUUUGACUCCAACAUCUGAGUUCCCAGGUGCUGAUUUCCAAAUUCACAUCAGUGAACAAGAAAUUCCUCCCCAGGAAUCAUCUGACACUGCCUCAUUAACGCAUACAGAGGACGGGGAACCGGAUUUCUAUUAUGCCCACCCUGACCAUCAUAGCCAGGCGGCUUUCCAACCUGGAAGUGUACUCUUUGAGGCUGAUCACGAUGCCACUCCCCCAACCCAACCCUCGUCCGCUCCGUCCAUCGCUUCAAACUUGAGCCAUAUAGCGAAUGAUCCAUUCGAGACUUCCUCGGACGACUCCAUAAGCGAUCUUGGCCGGUCACGAGAAGAAGUGUAUACGCCCGUCAGCUGGUCUGAAGUGGGCAGUGUCACUAGUAGCAAUGAUGGAGACCAUGCUUGA